AUGCAAAGUAUUGAAGCAGCACCACUACAGAUCGCGAUGACGCUCCAACUGACUACACACGAUGCCCCACAAGCACACCGCAUUGUAUUUGAAGCACCUCAGACUUUCACCGCACCGGCCAGUCGGGGCCGGCACAGACGUGUUUGCUUCCAUCUCCAAAAAGUUCCACCGUCUUUUAGUUCGCUCUCCGAUAACCGUUGUUGCAUUGUUUUCGUUCUCCUCAGGGUUUCAGAUUAUGAAACUCUAAUUUCUUCUUCUGUGAAAAAAGCUCUCCCUCACGGUCGUGAACUGGUUUAUUCAUUGCAAACUGUCUUUUACUGGUCUGUGAAAUUAACCGGUUCAUUGAACUUGUUUUCUUUGGGGACAUACAAGGUACUGGUUUCCGUCGCCUGUGGAAUGGGAAACUGA